AUGCGAAACCUGAAGAUAGGUGGCAUUGAGUCUCUGAGUAAUCUUGAAACUGAACGCGACGAGCGCAAGCUGUGUUACCUGAGUCUGAUCAUGCUGCAAAAUCUUCAGGGGUCCUUACAUCCACCAGAAGGAGGUGGUUGUUUAGACUCGCUUGCAAUCUCAGGUGGGUCAGAUUCUCUGUUGAGAUCGAGAUUGACCAACAAGGGAAUCUCAUGGGGUAGUAACGGUGACAACAAGCUUGACAUCGGGAUCAGUGGCACCAACAUCCACACAAGCGAGCUUUGGGCCAUGGCAUGCAAUUAUGCGAGCAGCCAUGUGGGUGUGGACGCUCAUUCACCCUGGUCCCCAAGGUCAGACUACGCCAUCAUAAACUUUCACCACUGCGAGCAUGAGAGCUUGAUGCCGCUGCGAUUCCGACUCCAUGCGAGCCGUUUUCAAGACCACCCACCGGCUGAACUCCAGGCUCACCGUGACUACUGGGGUCCUUGGUUCUUCUUUCAAGUCCUGUGGCAUGCAGUCCCUUGUCUCAUCAACCAUCCAUUUCUUCUCUCCAUGCGACUGCGGAAGUUUCGCAGGACAAUGCCCCAAUACUUUCUUCGUAACUCAUUUGAGCAGCUGACCUUCCACUCGGGCUGGGUGAUUCAUUUUAUUGAACUAGCAAACUCGAAAAAUUUCGAGGUUUCGGACCCCACCAUCGGACAUUGUGUUGCUAUUGUGGCCACCAUCUAUCUUCAACACAGCUUUGUUGAAGAUGAAGCCUUUAACAAAAAAGCUCAAGCAGGAUUUGAAAAAUGUCUCGCAUUUCUACGAAACAUGGGUCGCCGAUGGCCACACAUUGACCGACAGGUUAAACAACUGGAGCAGCUUCGGGACAGUGUUGCUCCUGGGGGGUUGAUGACAGACAGCGGCGCAUUCACAGGCUCCCAUUCUCGUCAAAAAUGGUCUGUCAACUUGCAAGUCUUGUGGAAGAUCUUAGUUUAUGCGCACGCAAGCAACACUUCGGACCCCAGCGCAGACAUAUUCGGCCCGGAACUUGCUAAGGACAGCAUUGGUCACUCAGGGGACCCAUCGGCUGGUGCUAUCAAAGAACGAGAUUUCUCGCUCAUUGGGUCUGCAGGGAUCUCUGGUCACAAGACGGUAGCAUCUGAGUGUGUGACUUAUCCGCCGGAGCAGAUGGAAGAUCCGACACAGGCGGCAAGCCAAAUUCCGCCGCCUAUCGAUCUUUCUGGGCUUCCGGGUGAUCAUAAUGUGGAGUUAGCAGGCAGUGAUACAUUAUUUCUACAGCUUCAGGAUUAUGGGAGAGCAUUUGAAGAUUGGCUGAGUAUCAAUCCCUCAUGA